AUGUUGGCGUCUAACACGCUUGUUGCAACUUUUGUCCUGUGUCUGCUUAUUUCUUUUACAGAGAUCAGCCAAGGAAGUGGAAAUCAACCAAACAGCGUAGUGGAAGGUGACCGUGAUAUUAGCUUAAAAUCGAUUUUACAAAUCGCCCAGCGUUUUCGCCAGGGCGUCAACCCCUCUUUGCCUAACUCAAAGGACCAUGAUGGUGAUGAUGAUGAUGAUUUCGAACUUUCACUAGGAGUUAUAGCUGCAUUUUUCGAUUACCUAAAGAUCAGUCAAGGAUGUGAAAAUCAAUCAAACAGCGUAAAUGAAGGUGACGGUGGUAUUAGCUUAAAAUCGAUUUUACAAGUGGCCCAGCUUGUUCGCCAGGGUGUCAAUCCCUGUUUGCCUAACUCAAAACACCAUCAUGAUAUUCCGCUUCCACCAGGAGUUAUGUCUUCAGUUUGCAAGUACAUAAAUACCUUGAAGCUGUUUGGCGAACACAAAUUCAGAAACAAGCGUGAUGGUCUGUAUGAGAACCCUCGGUUUACUUCGUCGCCAUGGCUAUGGACAUCUCCGUCCGCAGUGGAAUUCUUCACCUUCAACUGUCUUUCAUCGCUAGGGAAAGAGGAGUGUGGCACGAAAAAGGCCGGUUCAAGAAUUGUAGGGGGCACAGACGCGCAACCAGGGUCUUGGCCGUGGCAAGUGUUAUUGGCCAAUAAGGCGUUUGAGGGCAGUGUUUUGUGUGGAGGAUCCAUUCUUACCUCGCACUGGGUCGUUACCGCAGCUCACUGUUUUAAUAACGGAAAAGAUCCCGCGUCUUUUACCCUGACCGUAGGUGAAUAUGAUCGUAGUAAAGCGGACGGAACCGAGCAAGUUAUCCCAAUUGACCAAAUCUUCACACAUCCUGAUUAUAAACCGCAAGAGACUGGCUACGACUAUGACGUGGCAUUGAUCAAACUGAAGGAACCGAUCACGUUUAACGAUGACGUAAGACCUGUAUGUCUGCCCACCAUGGAUUUCCCUCCUGGCACUAAUUGCUAUGUCACUGGAUGGGGCGCUACACGAGAGGGGGGAAAUGUUGCACAGGUAAAUAUGACUUGUAUUCACCAUAUUCAUGAUAAGGACAUUCAUUCACUGCGCAAGAUUUUGCAGCAAGCCCAAGUUCCUCUUGUACCACGUGACACUUGUCAGCUAGCAUACAGCGACCUCCAAUCGUCCAUUACGGAACGCAUGCGCUGUGCAGGUUUCUCUCAGGGAGGAGUUGAUGCAUGUACAGGAGACAGUGGAGGACCACUGGUCUGUCCAAGCAAUAACAAGUGGUAUCUUGUGGGUAUCGUCAGCUGGGGCUUUGGUUGUGCGCGUCCGAAUAGAUUCGGAGUGUAUUCUGACGUGUUGGUUCUUAAGUCCUGGGUGCAGGAAACAAUGAAUCCAAACCCAAGUCCACAACUGUAGAGGGCAGUAAAGAGAUUGAAAUUGUCGGUUGAAGAAUAGCUCUUGUUUCACGGAAAAUAAAAGAGUCACGGCAAACUAAUAAAAAUAACCUCCUGUAAAGGUAAAUUGUUCGUGUAAAUCACGGUUUGGGUCACAUUUCCCGAGAAAAUGUUAUAUUUGACGAUAAAAUAACUCCUAAAUAACGUAAUCCUGUAAGACUGAUGCAUUAUAUAUAAGCAAUAAAAGACGGAAUGUAAAGUAUAUUCAUUUGUAAUCAUUUUUAUACUUGUAGUCGACUCGUUCG